CUCACGCCUUUGGAGCGAGCCCUGAGAGACAGCUUGUCACCACCCAAAUGCCGCGACGUGGUUCUGUACGCGUUCAGCCGACGCACCGUAUACGCCGAUGGCACGAUCAAAGUCGAUCAUCCACUCCCCAUCGCGGCCAUAGGCAGUGUCCUGAAGGAAACAGAGCAUUUCUCGAAGCUCCUUACCUCUGGAUUCACCGAGACCAAUACCGACUCGCCGACGACCGCAAUACGCCAAUUCGCCUUCGACAGCGAGUACGACUACGAGACUGACAGUGAUCUUGACGAGUUCGAUGUCCCCGGUUUCCCACCCGAAUCAGAAGCGAGCUCGUCGUUGAAAGGCAAGGGCAAGGCGUCGGAUGACGGAAGGGUCUCAGCGGACCUCUCCUCGAAUCGACACCAGAUCCUCAUUCCCAACAUCGCCCAUCGCACUCUCAAAGCAUGCAUCUUCUACCUGUACACCGGCAAGAUCAAGUUUCUUCCCUUGAUCUCGGAAGGCGGGGGGGAGAGGGCGUUCGCGAUGAUGACAUCAUUAGACGGUCCUCCGGCAUGCUCUCCCAAGUCAAUGUAUCGCUUGGCAGACACGUUUGGCAUCAAUGACCUGCGAGACAGCGCUUACAGAGAAAUCAUCUCGAGACUCAAUAUUGAGAAUAUUGUAACAGAAGCCUUCUCGAGCUUCUUUGCCAGAUACGACCGACUUCGUGAACAUGCUGUGUCGUACCUUUCUAGGCAUUAUUCGAAGCCCUCGGUUCAAGGAGCGCUGCCAGCCGUCAUCGAGAAGACCGUUUUAGGAGAGCUUCCACAUGCUAGCGGAGUAUUGCUAUCUCUCCUUGGACUGCGC